AUGGCCCGGGCAUGUGACAGCUAUUGUAAUCAUCGGCUACCAGGAGCAGGGAGUGGCUGCAGCCAACAGAUCAAACAAAAUCAGACUGCUGGAGUCACCUUCAUCCUUGUGGGCUUCUCAGAAUAUCCAGACUUCCAGGUGCCCCUGUUCCUGGUUUUCCUGUCCAUCUACACAGUCACCGUGCUGGGGAACUUGGGCAUGAUUGCUGUGAUCAGGGUCAAUCCCAAGCUCCACAUCCCCAUGUACUUUUUCCUUAGUCACUUGUCCUUUGUGGAUUUCUGUUACUCUACUGUAGUAACUCCAAAACUGUUAGAAAACUUGAUUGUGGAAGAUCGAACCCUCUCCUUCACAAGCUGCAUCAUGCAAUUCUUCUUUGCAUGUGUAUUUGUAGUGACAGAAACCUUCAUGUUGGCGGUGAUGGCCUAUGACCGAUUUGUGGCUGUUUGUAACCCUCUCUUCUACGUGGUUGUAAUGUCUCAGAAGCUGUGUUCUUUGUUGGUAGCUGUAUCAUACUUUUGGGGUAUAAUUUGUUCUUUCAUAUUCAUACACUUUUUGUUGACCUUAUACUUUUGUGGAACAAAGCUCAUAAAUAACUUUGUCUGUGAGCAUGCUGCUAUUGUUGCUGUGUCUAGCUCAGACCCCUACAUUAGUCAGAAGAUCAUUUUAGUCUUUGCCACAUUCAAUGAAAUAUCUAGCAUGAUGAUUGUUCUGACCUCCUAUCUUUUCAUUUUUGUCACAGUCGUGAAAAUCCUUUCAACUGGUGGGUGCUACAAAGCGUUCUCUACAUGUGCUUCCCAUCUAACUGCCAUUACUAUUUUCCAUAGUACUAUUCUUUUUCUCUACUGUGUUCCUACCACCAAAAGUUCAUGGCUGAUGUUCAAAGUAGCCUCUGUCUUUUACACAGUGGUCGUACCCAUGCUUAACCCAUUGAUCUAUAGCCUUAGGAACAAAGAUGUGAAGGAGACUGUUAAGAAGAUAUUCAAUACCCAAUUAUUAUGUCACAAAAUGUAA